CUCCGAGUCUGGGGUGGCGACACCUCACCAGCGAGGCUGCAAUGGGCUCAGGAGGAACCUGUGAUAAGACGGCCAGCAGUUAAGGCAGCUGCUUUGAGGUCGGGAGGCCGGGAGGCCACAGGAAGUGAGUCGGUGCAGCGCUGAUGCGCCCUGGCCCUGGGACCGGAGCUGCAGGCAGGCGAGGCUGGGGGCAUGUCCGCCGAGGGCAGGGAGCCUCAGGAGCUGGCCCAGGGGCCAGGCGGGCACCCCGGGGCCUCGCGCUCCGGUCGGCGCCCCCCUCGGCCCCCGUCCGCCCCCUGGAGGCUGCCCCCCUGGAGAGCUCGGGCGGCGGCCGCGGUGCUGUGUUACAUCAACCUCCUGAACUACAUGAACUGGUUCAUCGUCGCAGGGAUGCUGCUGGACCUACAGAACUUUUUCCAGAUCAGCGAUGGCUGUGCUGGGUUGCUUCAGACAGUCUUCGUAGGUUGUCUGUUGCUGUCUGCACCUGUGUUUGGCUACCUGGGUGACCGACACAGCCGCAAAGCCACGCUGAGCAUUGGGAUCCUGCUCUGGUCAGGGGCGGGCCUCUCCAGCUCCUUCCUCUCCCCCCAGUACUCCUGGCUCUUUUUCCUGUCCCGGGGAGUCGUGGGCACUGGCUCCGCCAGCUACUCCACCAUCGCGCCCACUGUGCUGGGCGACCUCUUCGUGAGGGAGCAGCGGACCCGGGUGCUGGCCAUCUUCUACAUCUUUAUCCCCGUUGGAAGUGGUCUGGGCUACGUGCUGGGCUCGGCUGUGCUGCAGCUGACGGGGAACUGGCGCUGGGCCUUCCGAGUCAUGCCCUGCCUGGAAGCCGUAGCCUUGAUCCUGCUUAUCUUGCUGGUUCCGGACCCUCCCCGGGGAGCUGCUGAGAAGCAGGAAGACGUGGCCGUGGGGGGCGCGCGGAGCGGCUGGUGUGAGGACGUCAGAUACCUGGGGGGGAAUUGGAGCUUUGUGUGGUCGACCCUUGGGGUGACUGCCAUCGCCUUUGUGACUGGAGCUCUGGGCUUCUGGGCCCCCAAAUUUCUGUUCGAGGCCCGUGUGGUGCAUGGACUGCAGCCUCCCUGCUCCCAGGAGCCGUGCGGCAGCCAGGACAGCCUGAUUUUUGGGGCACUGACAGUCGUGACUGGCAUCAUUGGAGUCGUCCUGGGGGCAGAGGCCUCAAGGAGGUACAAGAAGGUCAACCCUCGGGCCGAGCCCCUCGUCUGUGCCUGCAGCCUCCUCAUCGCGGCCCCCUGCCUCUACCUGGCCCUCACCCUGGCCCCAGCCACGUUCCUGGCCUCCUAUGUGCUCCUGGCCCUCGGGGAGCUGCUUCUGUCCUGCAACUGGGCGCUGGUUGCCGACAUCCUGCUGUCGGUGGUGGUGCCCAGGUGCCGUGGGACAGCAGAGGCCCUGCAGAUCACAGUGGGCCACAUCCUGGGAGACGCCGGCAGCCCUUACCUCACUGGACUGAUAUCCAGCAGCCUGCGCGCCGGGCGCCCAGACUCCUACCUGCAGGCCUUCCUCAGCCUCCAGCAGAGCUUCCUAUGCUGUGCGUUCAUCAUCGCCCUGGGCGGUGGCUGCUUCCUGCUGACUGCGCUGCGUCUGGAGAGUGACCAGGCCCGGGCCCAGGUGCCUGGCACAGGUACCCUGCCACGCACACCUAGCACCUGCACCAGGCUGGGGCCGAGCCCACCGGGGCCAGCCGCGCUGGCCACCCCCAAGCCAGCUGGUUGGGACCCCGGACAGCAAGGACAUGGAGAGCCAAGCCCUGCUUUCUGGCGCAGGCACCGCCACAGAGGACCCCUGAGGACCCCGCCCCCAGCCCCCCUCCCGCCACAGCAUCAGGGCCCUGUCCCCCUCUGGCUGUGGCUCAGGGCCCCCGGCCGAGCUGCACCUGCCAUUUCUUCCCUCCAGCCAGAGAGCUGGCAGGGCCUGUGGCGGGGGAUUGAGCUGUCAGCACCCUCAGCGGGAGGCCUGGGCCCAUGCCUCCGCCCAGUGCGGCAGCCCUGGGUCCGCAGCCCGGUCACCGGUGGGUCCGGAUUAAAGGUGGAUUUCAGGCCUUUUAGGAUCAUGUUCUUUACAGCCUCAAGGUGUCUCUGCUGUGGGGGUCAGAGAGGAAGCCCCGGGCAGGGGUUCAGGGCUGCCGGGCGAGGGUCCUAGGUGUUCCCCACCCUGGACGGCUCACUCGGACCCAGGCCCCCCGCUCUGCAGGUCGGUAGAGCACAGGACACCCCUUUGCCUGAGUUACCCUUGGAACAAAAGGCCAGGGUUUGCCGAUAUGGCUUCGAGCUCCCGGAGGAAGAGCCCCUCACCCCCCACAGACUGGGCUGCCCUGGAGCCACGGUAGGGUGCUGGCCCCCCAGCUCCCCACGGCUCACGCUCUGAUCCCAGCACAGCCCGCGGGGAGGGCUGGCUCUGCGGGGCUGCACUUGCCACUGCGAUCAGAGCAGCUGCACCCAGCAGGCCCUGCAGGAGGCCGACAGCUCGAGGGGGGCAGCUGUAGGGGGGCCAUGUUCUUUGUGCCCUCCUCCCGUGCCCGCUGGGCCCGCCUCCCAGCAGCUGUGGGGGCCAGACUCACGAUCACCUCCUGACCCUCACUUCCUCCCUGCCCGCCUCCCUGCCCUCCUGCCGGAUGGACAAGCCCCGGGAGCUGGACUCCAGCUCCCCCAACGCCUGUCCCCCUCUUCAGCCCUCGGCUAGGGGUGCCCAUCUCCAGGCUGGCCAGCCCCUCCACCCACAAUUUGAUGCUUGCUGCUCAUAAAACAGGCUGCCCCUGAAAUUAUUUUUUAAAAGUCUACAUGGCAAGGGACCUGUACCCUGUUACAGUGUACACCGGGGUCCCCACACCCCAAGCCGUUCUCCUGACCCUCAACUCGUUUCUGACCCCAUGUACCCGGAGAGGGUGUCAGAGUCCACGGGCUAAGGGUUUGGUCCUGCAGGACUGCCCCGCCCCCCCAUCCCCCCAGGGAUCCAGUGCAAGUCCAGGCUGCCGGCUCUACUUCUGACUGAUCGGCUAUGGGUCGGAGGUUCCCAGGAACCCCCCACCCCGUGGGUCCCGCUGGUCUGCUGGGGCCUCCAGAAUCUGGGGAAAUGCUGUGCUCCCUGCAGCACCUGCUUGUUAUAAAAGUCCUCUGAACCCCGUCCUUCCGGGUUUCCUGGUGCCCAGCCCGGCUCCUCAAAUCAUUGGUCCCUGGUGACUGACUGGGCCUCUGGCCCCUGAUGGGUCCCCAGGGGCCAGGGGUGGGACUGGGGGUGCCAGCCUUCUGGUCACGUGGGGGCUGCUCCUGGCUACCACCCCCCCUUAGGUGGGGUCCAAAGGCCAUCUCACUAACAAACAAAAGGCAUCUUUAGGGUUCUCUGGCAUUUAGGAAAUUCCAAAGGUUUUAGGAGCUCUGGCCGGGAAAUAGGAUGAAGACCAAACAUGGAUUCCUUUUAUAGGUCACAGGAUCACCCUUCUUUCCCCCCAAGGAGGCUCCCGUCCGUGUGGGAGCCAGGAUGCCAUGUCCCCACUUAGGGCCCAGCUGUGUUUAAGAGUGGCAUUGAGAGGACACCUGGGUGGCUCAUUGAUUAGGCAUCUGACUUAAGCUCAGGUCAUGAUCUCACGGUUUGUGGGUUCG